AGCGUUGCUGUUGCAGGUGACGCCAAGGUUGCUCUAGCAGGUUGAGAGGGUGAGACUGGAGAUGGAUCCACCCAAUUUUCAGGAGAAUUCAGCGCAGUGAUGAGCGGUAAGGGCCGUUUCGGCGUCGAUGGCACGACCAGCUUUGAUUUUGGCUCCGGUGAUAUUGGGCGUGGGAGCAUUGAUUUGGAAGACUGCGGUUGGAGCGACAAGAGCUCUUCCUCUUCUUCCAACGAUAGUGAUCUCUCGUCGUCUGAUCGUCCUGACCCUGCCAAUGGAUUCGUUGGCCGAGGGACAGACAACGGGGUCGGUGAUUUUGGUUGAGAAUUGGCACGUCGACGCCAUACGGACGGCACAGGUGGCGGUGUCCGAAGAUCCUGUCGUCUAUACUGACCCACAGAAACGCUGAAUGGCUUAAUCAAGUUGUCAACAACCGACUCAUUGCGCCACCGUACAGCAUCGGGCGCGGGCUCCCUCUCUUCACCGUCAAGAACAAAGUGACCAAACGUUGGACUCGCUACUGCGCUGAGUGACGGAUCCGCAGAAUCUGUUUCGUCCGGCAGACUUGCCGGCGCUCUGGCCAUAUCAGCAAAAGAGAUUGUCCCAGCAAGCUCAAGCUGUAAAUCCUCACGAUACGCUUGUUCGAGUCCAGGCAAGUCGGGUAUCUGAGAGGCUCUGGGUCGUUGUGGACGUGGUGGUGUGAUUUGUAAUGCUUCAACCAUGCCAUACGUGCGACUUGAGGUUUGGUCAUGGGAGAGCCGGUCUUCCUCUCGUAAACGCCACACAUCUCCUGAAAACUUGUCUGGCGAUGCAGCUUCUGUAGCUAAAUGAUUCUGCUUGCGAGGAUCAUCUAGGGCAGCAGGUGUUGCGACC